AUGAGCUCAACACUUGACGUUAAGUUGAACCGUAUCAGCCAUACCUUUCAUCCACAUGAGACCGUAGAGGGCCAAGUCAUUAUCUCGUCGCCCAAGGGAUUUGCUCACCAAGGUCUGGCCAUGAGAGUAGAAGGCAGCGUUCGGCUGCAGCUAUCAGCCAAAACCUCUCGACUGUCCGAUCCUUCUCACGACGAUGCAGCACCGAUGGAGCUCGUGUACUUCCAUCUGCCCGUAGCCCCCGCGGGUAAAGUUCCAGCCGGUGUUUCCAAGUUUCCAUUCAAGUUUGAGCUGCAAGGCAACGAUGGCCAGGAGCUGCUCGAGACGUACCACGGCGUUUACGUCUUUGUGAAGUACGAAAUCGUCUGCGAUUGCGUCCGUGGCAUCAUGAAGAACAAGUUGCACAAAACACUGGAGUUUGUGGUGGAGGUGCCACUGCGAAAGCCACUGCUGGACUCACCAGAAGAGUUCUACAUCACCCCAGAGUCAUUGGAAAAGAGCCAAAUGCGAAAUCUGUCCACGAUGCCGUAUUUCCAUAUUACAGGCAAAAUUCACCGCACAAAGUGUCCUGUGAAUCUGCCGUUCACAGGCGAGAUUAUUGUCGAGGAAGCAGUGAGUCCGAUCAGGUCUGUUGAGAUUCGGUUGAUUCGAGUAGAGAGUGUCGCACAUGAUAGUGGAGUUACGAGAAAUGCGACGGAGGUCCAAAAUGUUCAAAUCGGAUGGGGCGACGUAUGCCGUCAAAUGGCAAUCCCUAUUUAUAUGAUUUUCCCACGUUUGUUCACGUGUCCAACAAUGCGAACCCCAGCGUUCAAAGUUGAAUUCGAAACAAACGUCGUCGUUCUCUUCGAAAACGGCAACAUGAUCACCAAGAACUUCCCUGUCGUGUUAUACCGAUAA